UUCCCCCUCUAUGACAGUCUCCCAGCAGACUGACUCUGGCUCAGGCGGAUUAGAUUGCUGGAGCCCUGUAGUCACUGUGGAGAAGACAGAAGAGGCCUGGCAGGGCUGUGUGGGCCUGAACUUGACUGUCCUGGGUGUGUGUCCUCCCCUCUCUUCCUUUGCCCUUCCCUCUCUGUCUUCUAGACAAGUCUCACUGACCUCAGACUCAUGGCAGUCUCUCAGUGUGGGCUAUAGGGGUAAGCUGUCACACCUAACUUGUUCCUGCACUAUUCUCAGGAGUGGUGCCCUUGACUUUGGAGAGCGCUGUCUGCAUCUGUCCUUCAGGCCUCGCCUCCUCCAACACUCUAUUGUAGCCCCAGCUCAACCUGACAUGCUGCCCUGUGAUUCUGAGCAGGGGCAGUGGAAAGGGCAGCCUGUCAGUUUGUUGGUUCUGCUCAGCCUCACAAGCAUCCUGAGUGCUCACACUGUAGCAGGCUUUGGUGCCAUGCAACACAUGGUUCCCUGCCUUGCAGUUCCUGACUCCUGGGUGUGUACUAUGCUGGGAUCUUGAAGAUAGAGGUGGUGUUGUCACACAGUGAUAAGCACUUUCUGCAGUGGUGGCAAAGGAGAGCAAAGCCUUCCAGUGCAGUGAAACUCAAAACUGUAGCAGUUUUGUCAUUUUGGAGCUGGAUAGAGACUAACCUCCAAGCCAUACUCCUCACCCAUGGUAUUAGUUUCCUGACAGCAGCCAGGGCAGGGAAGGCUGUGUGCAGAGAGCACUGUGUGCGGAGAGCACUGUGUGCGGAGAGCACUGUGUGCAGAGAGCACUGUGUGCAGAAAGCACUGUGCAGCGUCUUCGUGGAUGGAGCACAACCCUGAAGAACAGUGCUGUGAGGGUUAAGGAGUCGAUGGCGUGAGGCCAGGGAAAGGUCUGGUGGUGCACCACACACUUGUGGGCAGCGAUGAGAGUGGGUGACACCAGCUGUGACAUGGGAGAGGCCCAAGGCCGUGGGGUAGGGGCUGAGGACCACAGCAGACCACGGGGACUGUGGGUAGGGAGGAAUAAUGUGGUGUCCAGCAGUCAAGAGUGACAGAUAGAUGGGGCUUUGGAGUGGAUAGCAUGUGGAACUCCAGGUCACUAGAAUUGAGGAAGGGAAGUAUCCUGGACGGGACACAAUACCAGUUGUGUGGGACAAGAAUCUCCUCCAGGGCUGGUGGUGGGGCACACACCUUUGACCCCACACUUGGGAGGCAGGUGGAUCUUUGAGUUCAAGGCCAACCUGGUGUACAAAGUGAGUCCCAGGACUACCAAGGCUAUAAAGUCUACUCCAGGAUGCAGAGGGAGGCAGUGCUGGUGCUGAUGCUGAGCCCUGGAACUAACGCCCUUUGUGAGGUGGCCCUGAGAAUUGGCACAAGGUUCUGUCCUGCUGGGGGAGGGGCAGGCAGAAACCACAGUAGGGACUGUGUAGGAAAUGGUUCUCGCCAUGCUGGGGGCUCUGUACCCCAGGGCUGGGCUCAGUCUCUUCCUUUUUUACCUCAUCCUGGCAGGCGCACUCCUUCGACCUCAGCCCCAGAGGUCUCAGCGAUCUGUUCCUGAGGAAUUUUCGGCCCCACUGGAACUCUCACAGCCGCUCUCAGGCCUGGUGGAUGACUAUGGGGUCAGACCCAAGCACCCGUGGCCACGAGGGCCCCGACCCCUUCUCUCUCAGGCCCAGCAGCGCAAGCGGGACGGGCCCAACAUGGCUGACUAUUACUAUGAUGUGAAUGUGUGAUGGGAACCUGCAUAAAGCUAUUCUGGGCAGCAAA